AUGUCCAUGGCCGGAGUCGCUGCUCAGGAGAUCAGAGUCCCGUUAAAAACUGGGUUUCUGCACGAUGGCCAAGCCCUGGGGAGCCUGAAGGCCUGCUGGGGGGGCCGCGGCGAGUUUGAGAACGGCUUUUUGAACAUCGACCCCAUAACCACGGCCUACAGUCUGAACUCGACGACGGAGCACCUAACAUCCAUAGGGCACGCUUCCAGGUCUGCUCCGAUGAACGGCAGCCACUUUCCGGAGCGCGGCCCCUCCGCCAAGUCUCGCCUGCUGCCUCUCGUCAUGCCACCGAGUGACGGCUGGGAGCAGCAGGAGGAGGGUCGGGCGGCGUGUGGAUUGGAGAGGCUGGCAGUGAGCGGGCUCUGUGCCUCCACGCCCCCGCCCACCCCCACCUGGGCGCCCCCGUUCCUCUCCCCUGGCGUGGCUCCCUGCGAGCGGGGCUCUAGGCCCCUGCCGCCGCUGCCCGCCUCCGAGGACCUCUCCCUGGACGAGACGGACUGCGAGGUCGAGUUCCUGACCAGCUCGGACACGGACUUCCUUCUAGAAGACUGCGCGAUCUCCGAGUUCAGACCCGACGGCCCCAGCAGGCGCAGCUUCCGAGGGUGCGGACAGAUCAACUAUGCGUAUUUCGACACCCCGGCCGUCUCGGCGGCGGAUCUCAGCCAGGCGCACGACCAGGCUGCCGGGGGGACGAGUGCCAACCCCCCUCCGUCCCAGGCCCACCGGAGACUGAGGAGGUCCCACUCAGGCCCCGCAGGGUCCUUUAACAAGCCGGCCAUCAGGAUCUCCAGCUACGUGCACAGGGCUUCUCCCAACUCCGAUGACGACAAGCCCGAGGUGCCCCCCCGGGUCCCCAUCCCUCCCCGGCCGGCCAAGCCGGACUACAGAAGGUGGUCGGCCGAAGUCACUUCCAGCACCUACAGCGACGAGGACAGGCCCCCCAAAGUCCCGCCAAGAGAACCCUUGUCCCGGAGUAACUCCCGCACCCCGAGCCCCAAAAGUCUCCCGUCUUACCUCAACGGGGUCAUGCCCCCCACACAGAGCUUUGCCCCCGACCCCAAAUAUGUGAGCAGCAAAGCCCUGCAGAGACAGCACAGCGAGGGGGCCGCCGGUAAGGUCCCCUGCAUCCUGCCCAUCAUUGAAAACGGGAAGAAAGUGAGCUCAACGCAUUAUUACCUGCUCCCUGAGAGGCCGCCCUACCUGGACAAAUACGAAAAGUUUUUUAGGGAAGCAGAAGAGACACACGCGAGCACCCCCAUCCAGCCCCUCCCUGCCGACGGCGGUGUCUUUUCGGCCCCAGAAAAGCUGGACUCGAAACCAAGAGUGGAUCUGGCAGGCCAUGUGAAGCGCAGACAUUUCUCCUACGUGGUUUCCCCCUAG